AUGCUGCAUAAUACGUGGAAGAUGCUUGUACAAACCGCAAAGGUCACUCCCGCCAUCAGUCCAGAACAGGAUAAGCUCGUACUCCUAUUGAUUACCAUGGGGGCGCUCCGAAUUUUCAGUCAUCGAACUCAGAGUGGCGAGACGGAAAGCAAGGAUAUUCCUUUUCCCCGCGACGAAGAAGAAAACGACAGCAACCUUCCGUUUCUUGCGCGAGACCUACAGAACGACUGGAUCACCAAAUCGCAAGACUUCACUUCCCGUGAGCGUGAAAGUCUGGCUGCAUUCACAGCUAAACUCUACGUAGCUGGGUCAUAUGACAAUGAAUUGAGUUUUGUAGGUCUAUGGCUGCUGAAAAACACACUUGAGGAAGAGAUACCUCUGAGAGGCAAUACGGAUGAAGGUGGUGACAAAUCUCAGCAUGAGGGUUCAACACCAAAGUCUACAAUUGCCGACCUACUUCCCGCUUGCUUUGCGUGGUUAUCGAAUGCAAAUUACAAGCUUGUUACUAUGGCAGCAAAGAAUUACAGCCCCUCCCCGCCUGACUUUACUACAUCUGACCACGGAGCUGAAAUCGAGCCUCGAAACAAGGCGGUCAAAGCAAACAUAAACGGCCCUGGUUUUAGUCUUUCUCGAUGGGUCUUUUGGAUACUUCGUUUGAAAGAGCUCACGUCUUGUGCAGACGAAGAGAUCUCGUCACUAGCGAAGCAGAGCUUCGAUGUGAUGAUCCAUACAAGUUUGGUUCUGGGUAUUGAUGUUCACGGAGAGAAAAACUAUUUCGACAAGGUUCACGAAGCCCUCGAUGUAGAGUUCAAGGCGAGAGGAAUGACUGGGUGUGUUGAUGCAAGCGAUAUCAGCAUCUAUUUUGACUGGGCAGACUAG